AUCAAGUUUGACUGACAGGUCAGAGAGCCAAUGAGUGACCGUGAAGCAAAACGCUCUCCUCCAAUCACGUCACGCUAAACAGUUACCGGUGCCGGGUCUUCCAGGAAGCCUUUUGACUACAACGUGCCCAAGAGAAGACUUGAUUCAGUUUGUGUGCAAUGGGUCGUCGCAAGUCCAAAAGAAAGCCCCCUCCAAAGAAGAAGCUGACAGGAGAUCUGGACUCUCAGUUCACCUGUCCGUUCUGCAACCACGAGAAGUCUUGUGAUGUCAAAAUGGAGAGAACCAGAAAUACUGGAAUAAUAUCAUGCACAGUCUGCUUGGAGGAGUUCCAGACCCCCAUCACCUAUCUAUCAGAGCCGGUAGACGUGUACAGUGAUUGGAUAGAUGCCUGUGAAUCAGCCAAUCAGUAGCCCUCGUGGUGGAGCUGGAUGUCUUUCAGGAACGGGAAGAGGACGAGGAUGUGGACCUGGGCCCAUUAGGAUCAAGCUGUUCAGAGGACAUUUAUGAAACUUUUACUGUUCACAGGUUUUCCAUAUGGUCACUUGGGAAUUACAAUUGUGUGCACCGCAGUUUCACUUACACCGUGUCAGGUUUCAGCCCACAACAACACAACACAACUCUCGUUUUGACUCUUGAGAUUUAUUAAGCAAUUUGUUUUUUGCGAUGUAACCUGAUUUAUCUUCUCACAUCGAGCGGGGCUUUCUUUUUUCCAAUAUUUGUUUUUUAUUUGGGUCUCAAAAAUCCUUUAGCCUUUAAAUAGUAGUUGUUGAAGAUUACAAACAAAAUGAGUCCUGCUUUCUAUUUUUCUUUUUAGCCGCUAGAUAUUGUCAGGUGCAGAAAUAUGAUUUUUACAAGAGGCCUGUAGUGAAAGUGAAUGGGCUCCCAUCUCGGCAUUUUAAUGUGAAAUCAAUAGAAAGUCAAAUCUUUUUAAUCAGCAUAAUGAGAGAGAGACGUGUGUGUAUAUGUGGAUCCUGACAGAAACAGCGAGUUGGUGAAUUUAAAAGUUGAAUAUAUUAAGUUUUCCAUACGCUCAUUCUCUGGGAAGGUAGGUUGCACUGCCAGACUUUGCAAAGUGUAGGUGAUAGGGAACUUCUUCUUUGGUUAAAUGUUAAUACAGUUCAGGCAUGAUGUUACGGGUUGCGUCCACGGCUCUCCUCAUCCUCAUACAGACCGUUGUGUCACAACAUUAGGUCAUUCCACUGGAGAGAGGAAUUAGGAAUGUGUACGAUUUAUGCUUAGCUGCUAAGUUCAAGGGGUUUGUUCUCUUAAAUCAUUAGUUUUUCAGUUGAUUGUAUGUUUUUUGGCUUACAUGUGCAAGAAAAAAAAAAUUCAAUAAGUACAAAUGAUCUUUGUUAUGAAGCGCAUAUCUACAGAAUAGUGUAAUCUUAUACUGAAAUCAGGCGUUAAUAUUGAGCGUUAUUUUCCUAUGCAAUAGCCAACAGUGUUGAAAAGCAAGCUGUUUUUUUUAAAUGUAAUGAAUUUGAUAAGUGUGAUCUUGGAAAUAAAGGAGCAAUAAGACUUGA